UCCGAAGAAUGCCGAUCCUUUCCGAAACCGAACAUCUGGACUCGGAGAUAAUCCACGUCUGCUCCAAUUUCGUUCUGCACGCUUGGCGCGGUUAGCGCGUGUUGAUUGCCAACCAACCCCGGAAAUGAUGGCUGCGAAUGCACAAGUCGUCCGGUGCCCGCAUCCGCUCAAUUUGAGAGCUUUUCCCGGAUAUAAGUUUACAUUUGUAAGCUGUAACUAGCAGACGACCAUGACGUGGAUGGCGGGACAUCAUUUAUGAUUUGGUAAUUCUGUUAAUCAAUCUGUGAAUGACGACAAAAAACAAGAUGUUGGUAGCGGAGCGGGAGCUGAUCUCUCGCUUGUUGAAGCAGUCAAUUCUGACACUGUGUCGUGAAACGAUGUCUCAAUACAAACUAGAGGUUGAUGGCAUCGUGUGCAUCAGCCUCGAGAAUGACACCCAUCCUAUCGUUAUAAAAGUUCACGAGGAAGUUGGAACCGAACCUGGUGGGAGUUCUCUGUGGAAUUUUAAGAAAAGUGACAAUUUUUUAAAAUUAGAGGCUAAUUAUAGUGAUUACUCUGGUGCACAAUCAAGUGAACUUAAAGAAAGACUUUUAAGCAAUAGUCCAAAGAUUAAAGACUUUGGUGCUAGUGAUGAUGACCAAGAUGAUGCAUCCUCAACUGCUGAUAAUCUUUAUUCUUUUAAGAAACUUAAUAAGCCAGACUUUUUAUCAGCGACACGAAGUCGACUAAACAGCGGCUAUAAUCAGAGGAAGUCGAAACCAAAUAAAAUAGAGACUAAUGCUUCGGAGGACGUUGGAACAGAUUCUCCUCAGCCUGAUGGAGCAGUUGAUAAACAGAAAUACGAAUAUGACUUUAACGAUGAUAGUGCCUUAAGCAAUUUGCCUGAUGACGAUAACGGUCUUGCAAUUAUCCCAGAAAUUCUGCCUUCAGUCUCUCGUCCUGGAGUUCCAAACACAAUUCAUGCUCAAAGCGCUGCUAUCAGCCAUCCUGAUGGCUAUGUUUGCAAACGUUGCUUUCAAAUCCUGCCCGAUACCGGUGCCUUUGAAUCCCAUAAUCUACGUGUUCACUCGCUUUUCACUUGCCGAACCUGUUUUAGGGGCUUCACGGCUAGAAACAAUUUAAAACGUCAUAUUCGUCUGCAUACUGGCUUCAAACCUUACAAGUGUCAAAUAUGUAACCAGGGUUUUACUCGCAAGGAUGACCUCAAAGGUCACGAGUUACGUCACUCGUACAAGAAGCCUUUUCGGUGCAGCAUCUGUGCCAAGGGCUACACAGAUCGGUCUUGUGUAAGGAAUCACAUGGCUAAAGAACAUCGAGUUAAGCUUCUUCAUGUUUGUCCACGAUGCGGUGAGGGUUUCAGCAGCUCGCAUGAAUUUACGGAACACAAAAAAUCUCAUCCUGAAUUCAGCGACUAUCAGUGUACAUCAUGUGAUUUUAUUGGCAUCAAUGGACUUAUGUACAUAAAGCACCUGUUGACUCACCAGACCAAAGUCUUCAGCUGUAAACCCUGCCAGCAGUCCUUCAAAGAUCCCUUUGACUACACCAAUCACCUGAAGCUUCACCGUGGAGAUGAAUCUUUUAAAGCCUAUAUUUGCUGUUUCUGUGGAUCUUGUCAACAUACUUAUGAUCAGUUUGUUCGUCAUGAACACUCACAUGCUCAAAUGAAGAAUCACACCUGUACCAUUUGCUCCAAGAGUUUUAUUUAUCCGUCAAGUCUCAAGGAUCACAUGUCCACACACAAUCGUAACGAAGACGAUGACUGCAGCGAUUAUUGGUGCACUGAAUGCCAGACUGGGUUUCCAACAGAGGACACGCUUGAGGAUCAUAUCCUCACCACUCACGAGUCAGCAAAACCAGAUAUUGAUGAUAGCAUGAUGGACACAUCAGAUCCUGGUUUACUGGAUCCAGAUGAUGAUUCCAAUGAAGCCUUCCCAUCCCCUGCUGUACCACAACAAGGUGAAACAGAUGAGCUACACCACACAGAGUCUGAAGAACUUGAGAGUGAUGUUAAUGUCCUUGCCUCUUCUUACAUACCUUUUCAGAAGCCACCAAGUAUAAUACCAAGAAAGAACAGGUCAAUAUUGCCCCAGAAAAUUCCAAAGAAUUCUUCUGGUGGUAGUCCGUUAGACAGAUUUAGUCCCCCUCAAUCACUGAAGAACAGCUUGCAGAGAGGUCCACAAAUGAAAACAACAGAACUGGUACCUUGUAUGGUUCUCUCACCCUUUCCCCGCAAUUUUGCCUUAAGCAAUACCUCUACAAGUUAUGCAAAUUCCUCAGAUCCUGAUGCAAAUAAAGAAUUGGAGGGUAAAUCACAAGGCAGCAGCAGCAACAACAACAGCAACAGUACUGUCACCUCAAAUGAUGGUGCAUCAAGUUUCAAAUACCCAAUAAAAGAUGAACCAAACUCGUAUGAAAAUGGAGCUGAUGAUUCUCAGGGGAACUUGAAUAUUUCUAUGUUAAAACAGGAGCAAGAUGAUGAGUAUGAUGCUAGUCGAGAUGCUUCAAUGGAUGGAGCUGAAAACAAGGAGAUGGCUUUGGAGAAGGUGCACAUUAGAUCCCCAGGAUUUGAACGUGUUGUUACCCCGAGUUGCCUCUACAAGUCCCACACUUCUUUCGAGUGUAUGGAGUGUGGGAAAAGCUACACCGAUUUCGGUCAAUUUGAAAGUCACAGCGCCAUCCUCCAUCGACGAUUUCUGUGUGAAUUCUGUGGAAAAGUUUUUACAGCAAAGCCGAAUCGGGAUCGUCAUCUAAGAUACCACACUGGAGAACGCCCGUAUAAAUGUGGAUUAUGUGAAGCAUCAUUUUUCAGGGGAGACGAUCUGAAAUAUCACCGAACGACUAAACAUGCAACCGUAAAACCUUUCAAUUGUAAUGUUUGUAAUUUAUCAUUUGCAUGGCCAAAAGAUCUAGAACGUCAUCGAAAACAGAAGAAACACUUCAUGUAGAUUGUUUGGGGUUUAAAGGACAGGGUUGGUGUCCACCAAUAUUACGUAUGUGAUAGAACUGGUUAAACACAUUCCAAAUAUAAAUUUAACUCAGAGAUCAUUGCUAUGAUAGAUUUGAAGAAACAGGAAGUGGCGCAGAUAAAAGGAAAACACAGGUUUUCCUGAUAAUUAACCGACUGGAGUAGAGCAAUAACAGAUACGCGGUCAAAUUUCACCUCAUUGAUAAUUUUGUUGCAAACGAAAAGUUGUUAUAUGAGACUGGGAAGGAAUAUCUGUUCGAAUUCAUGAAAAUAAUUGAUUGUCACUAGAUAAAGAGAAAGCGAGAAAAACAGAAAUAGUCCAUGGGUUAGGCUACAUGUACCUCGUUUUUAUUAAGUCUCUACAAAUUUUAAGUAAUUAUAGUUUAUUCCGAUAGCCCUAUACAUGUAAAUAAACUAAAGUCAUAUUAUUGUAUUUUUUGCAAUUAUUUCUGUAUCCGCCAUGUGAAUCAUACAUUGCAGUUUGGUAUGCACUCUAAAACGGCAAUUAGGCGAUCUUAAUUUAUCAAAUACUGCAUUCACAUUAAUUCUCAUCCAACCCAUUAAAAGUUCUUGCAAUAAAAAUUCAUUGAAAAAUUAUCUCUGUGGAUUUAUGUGUAGUCUACUUCUAGUCAGAUACAUGUAUGAACAAAAUAUGAAAUUCAUUUGUAUUCAGCAACUGCAAACCAGACAAAUGCACUUAUAUACAAAAGUAAAACAAAUACUGGCAGGUAAAUACAUGUAUAAGGAUAACCUGUGUUCUCCGUUUGUUUGCGUCACUUCCGGUUUCUUCAAAUCUUUGUUUAAAACGCAUCUACCGUAGCAAAGAUAUCUGGGUUAAAAUUAUAUUUGGAAUGCAUUUAACCAGUUCUAUCACAUAUUUAAUAUUGACUGCCGUCUUCUUCAAGUCACCUGAUUGUUUUGAUAGACCUACACCAGUCAAUGGCUGUACAUAAAAAAUUUGGAGGUAAUCAACAAUAAUCCACUAGGCUCUUCUACUCUUUAUCAAGACUAGUGAAAUUAACAAUAAUCAGCUGACUUGUAGACCAGGGUCUUUUUUCACUAAAACUUCAACUGAAAUAGAUUAAGAAUGCAGACUUUUAAUUGGUUGAGAGAUGAAAUCAUAACACAAAUUUGAGCUCUUAUCCAAUGGAAAAGGUGCAUUCUAAAAGUUUUGGUGAAUCUGGCCCGAGGCUGUAAUGUAAAUUAAAGUUUUAGCUAAUUUUACUUCACAAACUGAAAUCAUUUAUAUUUAAGUUUUUUUGCAAUAUGUUUAAACAGUUAUUUAGUUCUUAUAAAUUUCGGCCCUUAUUCACGAAAACUUAAGCUAAGAUACAAUCGAAAUUUAAAGAAAUACUGCAAUUCGAUUGGCUGACCAAUAUGCAAAUUGGAUAUAUGCAAAUUGAUUUUACUGGUCAGCCAAUCGAACUGCUGUAUUUCUUAAAAUUUCGAUUGUAUCUUAGUUUAAGUUUUCGUGAAUAAGGGCCCUGAUGUUUGUUUUGUUUACAAAAAUUCUUAAGAUGUAAUUUUAUAUGCAUGCAUAAAGGAAAGAAUUGGUCAUGGUUCUUGGAUUUAGGAAACAAAUUGAGUCAUCCAUUAUUGAUGACUACUGGAUGGAAGAGAUUGAUUUGGCUGACUGUUUAAGAUUAUGAUUUAAUCUAAGUACAAUUGUGGUGUGGGGAGCCAUGAUGGCUCAGUCUGUAAGAUACUGGCUUGUAUACAAGGAGGUCUCGUGUUCGAUCCCAGUGUCGGUUAAGAAACUUCCUUGAGAUUUUCUGCUGUGGUUCCCCCUUGUCAAUUGUGCAAGACGGUGUCUAGUCAUUAAGAUGGGACAAUAAACGGAGCUGCCUUGUACACAUUGGCAUUCAGACAAUUCAACAAAUUUGUUUCCUAAAUACAAUGGGCAGACAACUCAUCUAUUCCAUUGUUUGUUUAUAGGAAUGUUUGAUUAUGAAUAUAAUAUCCACACUAAUAAUAUGAUAAACUAUUAUUUUGGUUUAUACUAAUAUGUUAGCAAAAACAUUCUUUAGCUGUAUUUGAUUUGGACUUUAUCAUUUAAAUGAAGUGAAUGGUAAAGGUUCUAACGUCGUAACAGACUAAUGGGAAUGGUCGGACAUCAUGUAAGGGACGUUGUGCCUGUGCAUAAAAGUAAUGAAUAUUAUUUUUGCACAAACCAGUCUCUUAAUGUAAUCUGUCUCGUUUUAAUUCUAGGUUAAUUUUCCAAAUUAAAAAAUGUAUUUUGUCUCGGUUAAAUAUAGGGCGAAUCUUUUGAUAUAUUAUGAGUAUUGUCAUGCUAGCAGCUCCUGAUUAUCUGGUUAUGGUGUUUAUAUUAUAUCAUGGAUUGUCUAGUGUUGUUAUAUCAUCUUUACAGUCGGUUGUAUGUUGUAAUAACGUUUCCUUUCAUGGGAUCGUGAGACUUAACGAUAGCUGCGACCUAACGUCUCCUGGUGAAGAUAGUCUUAAAUAGGGUUCAUUGUAAUAUUACACAAUACAUGUUUUUAAGACCACUGGACCUUAUUUACAAACACGUAAUAAUGUAGCAAAUUCAUUGGCUGAAACUCAAAAUUUUUGCUGUUGACCAAUGAAAAGUCACCAUCCUUAAAAUUUUGCUGUUAACCAAUGAAAAGGCCCCAUCCUUAAAAUGUUUGCUGAUGACUGAUGAGAAGGCCCUAUCCUUAAAUUUGUUUAUGUUUCAUUUAUUAAAUGUGUAACUUUUAUAUUCUCAUCCAUUUUGGUGUUGGGGGGUUAAACAGGGUUACCUGAUGGGGACAACAUCAUUUGUCAAUGUAGGUCGCACCUCACAAAACUACAUAAAAUAAGACUUUGAUGAGAAAGUGUGAAUUGUGUCUCAAAAUCAAGUCGUAUCAUAAUCCUAAAUUGUUGAUCAAUGGAGAGAUGGGAACAGCAUCAUUUGGUCAAUACUGGGCGCACCUCCCAAAACUUCUUAUAACAAGAUUGAGAAAGAGGGUGUCAAAAGUUGGGUCAUAAUCAACUACAAAACCCCAAAGGAAUGAUUAGAUUAAAAACUUUCGUCUAUUUAAUUGAUUUUUUGUGAAAAGUUGUCCUUAUAUAUGUUUUGUGUACCAACAUGUUUAGUUUAAAGACUUUAAAAACAAUAAUCCAUCAAGGAAGGAUUUGGAAAUCGUUGACAACAAGAGUUAAAAAUUAAACAAGACUUGUAUUCGUUGUAGCCAAAUUGGACGCAGUUUGGCCUGGAUCAACCAAGACUAAUGUUGAUAUAAAGGUGUGACGCGAAUGUGUUAUCUGAAGGGCCGUUGAUUUUACGAAUUAUAUAUUUUAUCAGUUUAAGCGUAAUAUUAGAAUAUGAAUCCCUUAUAUAUAUAUAUCCCUGCAUGUUAUUAUUGUUUUUCAACUAUUUUUACCAAUGUAAUAUAAAUAUUAUUUUAGGAUUGUUAGAAUUAAAUUUCGAUUGUUUUUUUUUUUUUAAAGAAUUAAUUAAUACAUAAUGUUUUUUUUUUUUUUAAUUAUAAUAAAUUUGUAUGUUUUAUUUGUAAUAAUAUGUUAAACUAUUAUAAUUAUAUAUCAUGUAAUAAUGUCUCAUUGUGAUUUCUAUAUAUACUGAGUGCCUUUCAUAAUUAAAUCCUUU